AAUACCGACACCGAAGUACAGAUUCCCGCUGCAGGAGCUGCCAAGCACCACCAAACGCAACCUCCCAACCUCGCUUGGGGCACUCUCUGCAACUCUCUAGUCUAUGGUCAGAACGUUGCGGAGAAACGGGUGGGUGCGACUAAUGUUCAUUGUUCUGGAAUCGGCCUGAGCAGUUCAGGGUCUGUGGUACGAUCGUGAAUAUACGGAUGAACAUAGUCUUCUACGUGCAGAAAUCAGUGGUCUAGACAUCCUAACAUUAAGUUAGAGACGGACGAGGCUGCACAUCAUUUCUCUGACAACUCAGUAAAAAAAUUCACAAUCGUGGAAAUGUCUCGCAUCGCAGCUUUAUUGUUCGUCGUGUUCUCAACAAGUGUGGUUUAUGGAAUGGAAUGCCAGUUAGGACACAGCAGCAAUAUCAUUGAACGAAUCAUCAAGAGUUGUCCGAGACCAAUCUUGGAUAGUUCCGACAAGGAAUAUUGUUGUAUAGACAUCCAAACUGAGAGUUUCUAUUGCUGCAAUGCUGAAGAAGCUCUGAAAACUGGAUUGGGGAUCCUCCUACCCAUAAUAAUAGGAGCAACUAUUAUUGUGUUGUUGAUCGGAUGCUGCAUCUCAUGUUUAUGCUGCAGCUGGUGCCCAUGGUAUCGCAGGCGCCAUCGCGGCACCGUUUAUGGUCACGUACAAGUUCCCAGUGUAGUGCACACUAUUCAAGCUCAACCAGGCUAUGCAACUACUUAUGUUAGCCAACCAGUGAAUCAAAAUUCGUACCCUGCGCAAUCUGUUUAUGCUCCAGAUGUAUCGCAGCCUGUGCCACCCCCGCCUUACACGAACGAGGCAUAUGCGAAACAAGCACCUCAUAAUCCGCAUUAUGCACAAUAAUAAUAUAACAAAGGAUUUCUGGGUAUACAAUCUCCUUUUGAUCUGGAUUGUUAGGUACAUUGUUCCCAAAGAUAGCUAUCAGUGACUCUUUGAAAUAGACUUCCUUCGAUUACUGUUAGCUUUGCGAACACUCACUCUUGAAAACAAUGCCGUUUUACCUGUGAUUUGUACGUAUAGGCAAUAGAAAUGUCUAUUGUGAUGUAGAUUGACACUUAACCGAUCCCAGGUUGAAAAAUGAGUACGUAAUGUAUUUUUUCUAAUAUUCUUCACAAUGCAAUGCUGCAUCCAAAUUUGUAAUAUCUUUAAAAAAUGAUGCAUCGAUGAAUUUUUCCAGAGUUAACUAUCAAAAUUUUAAUGAACUUGAAGUAACAUUAGAUUCUCAGGAAUACUACUGAGUAAAGUUAACCGAUUUGAAGGAUUAGUUUUCAAAGUUAUAACGUUUUAUGCUUGCCAUUAAUUGUAACAUAUGAUUGGUGAUUAAAAUGGAUGGAUGGUCUAUCGUAAUAAAUUAGAUGUGCAGGCGGUUUUUGCAUUAUAAACAAAGAGAAUAAUUCAUUUAUUUUUUCCGAUAACUUUAGACUCAUUUCUCUGGUUAUUCUGAUUUUUCAAAAUGUCUUAAAGCGCUCUAAAGGAAUAUACAAGUAAUAAACAUGGUUUUUUAAAUUCAGAUACCUUUUUUAUACACAUAUUUUUCUAGUUUACCAAGGAAUUAUGUCUUCCGAUUUGAAUGGAAAUGAAUAUAUAAUAUAAGAUAAUCUUGUCAAACAGGUACAUGUGUCUGUUGCGUCUAAAAGGUGUUAUUGUUUACGAAAAGUACCAAUGGUGUAUUAAGAUAAUUAGUGUAUUAAUUUCUUUUUUUUUUUUUUUAGAGCCGAUUACUUACUUCAAAUUUUCACGUCAAUUCUAUUCAAAUAGUAGCCUUUCCUAGUUUACCAUUCAUCAAUAUUUCCAGUGUAUAUUAACGCUUUAUUGACGGGAUGGUUUUAUUAAGUUUUAGUUUGGAUGUUAAUUUGCGUGCCCCGUCGAUAAAGUGUUUGAACAUGACCUUGGCCUGCGAUUCUCGUACAUGAAUACUGAUCGAUGGAAAACUAUAAAUUGCUGUUAGAGAACUCCUGAUUAGUUGUAAGAAGUAUUAAUAGGUAUUUGUAAGGAAUAUGCCAAACGAUCAUGUCUAAUAUAUAGACUACUGAGUGAACCUAAAAUUAAAGGCCACUACAUAUUUGAUACUUUUUGCCUCGAUUAGUAUAGUACCGAGCAUUGUAAUAUGUUUUUUAUAAUAAAGAGAAUGAAAUGAAAAAUGUAA